AUGCCAUCCACAAGACAGGCCUCAGUAUUAUUAUUACUCUUUGCCGAUCGGAGAGGAGACCUUCGAGUUAUCCUAACAAUACGUGCCAGUACCCUCAAAUCAUAUCCCGGCCAAGCAGCUCUCCCUGGUGGAAAGUCGGAUGGACCAAGCGAGACGCCUUUUCAAACAGCUCGGCGUGAAGCGUACGAGGAGAUUGGUCUACCCAAUAUAGACCAGCAGAUGCCCUCGCCCUUCUGGGUUGAGCAUCUCUGUGAACUUCCUGCGAGCCUGGCUCGAACAGAACUUGCUGUUCGGCCAUGUGUUGCCCUUUUACACUCUCAUAAUGAAAAGACGGGCGAAGACGCUGAUCCCGAAGAAGCAUUCAUACCCCAAUUAGACGCCAAAGAAGUAGCGGCGGUAUUCACAGCCCCGUUCCAUAAUUUCCUAAAGAUAGAAGAUGAGCCUCGCGGAGAAGAGGAUGACGCUCUCCCCGGAAAGCCAAGCGAUUGGUAUGAGGGAUCAUGGACGAAGUGGAAUUCGACAUGGUGGAGAAUGCACCAUUUCUUCGUGGCCAUAACGAACCAGAAGGUAGCCACGCCGAAGAAACAACACAACAAGGAGCAAGACGCUGCUAUUGACCAGUUAGAGGAAGAGAAGGCCUCGUUGGGCCUCGAACGAUUUCGAGUGUUCGGUAUGACGGCCCGCAUCCUUGUCGAUGCCGCAAGGGUCGCAUAUGACGAAGUCCCUGAGUUCGAACACAAUAGCCAUCUUGGAGACGAAGAUAUGAUCUCUCGAUUAAAGACGCUUGGAAGAUUUAGCGAGGUCGUCGAUCGCGAAGACACCUUGACCCCAGAGAUAUUUGAGAAAGCAGCAAAACUGUCAUGA